CUUCCAGGACAGCUGUUUUGGACCUCACUGGCACCCUUACGAGAGCCCGGGCGGUGACGGUGUGGCCACGUCCGCUGCGGCGGCGAGAGGAGAAUUUGUUGGACUUCUAGGCGGCUGCUGUUAACCAUGGCUUUUACCCUAUAUUCGCUGCUGCAGGCGGCUCUGCUGUGCGUGAACGCCAUUGCUGUGCUGCACGAAGAGCGCUUCCUCAAGAACAUUGGCUGGGGAACAGACCAGGGAAUUGGUGGGUUCGGAGAGGAGCCAGGAAUUAAGUCUCAGCUAAUGAACCUGAUUCGAUCUGUAAGAACUGUGAUGAGAGUGCCAUUGAUAAUAGUGAACUCAAUUGCUAUUGUAUUGCUCUUAUUGUUUGGGUGAAUAUCUGUGGAAGAAACAGAGACUUCUAAGAAGAAAUGUCAGCAGAAGUUACUGCUUUGGUCAUUAUUGAAAUAUUCAGUUAUUAGCAGGUCAGCCUUGCACUUGGCAAAAAUGUAAAGUUGUCAAUAAAACCAGAGUUUUUAUUUGUCUGAUUUUUUUUUUUAAUGCUGUUCUUGUACUUUUGUUACAAAAUGAUUGGAACACCAGAGCCAGCAACUCUCCAAGAUUGGACUAUGUUUGAUUGCUAGCUGUUAAUAUAGUUCAUGCUGUGCUAUGCUAUGCUACACUAUGCUAUGCUAUGCUAUGCUAUGCUACGCUAUGCUAUGCUAUGCUAUGCUAUGCUAUGCUAUGCUAUGCUAUGCUAAAAAUUGUUAAAGGAUAUAGGACUGUUGUUUCUGCUUUUUUUGGAGGGGGAUUGUUGUGUUUAGUUUUGUUUGGAGGUAUUUUUCUAUUUCUCACUUCUCAGGGAUGAAUUUUUUCCAAAAGUUUUGAAGUUCCUUGUGACAUAGCCAUGACAGAUUAUCCCUGUAGAUAAAAUGUAAGAUUUUUUAAAAUAAUUAUUACAUAUAAAGGUAAAUAGUUCAUUUCAAUAAUUUUAUUUUGAAUUUUUUAGUUAAAUAUUUAGUGUGCAUGUUGUCUGCUGUGCUGUGAGAGAUUUAAACUUAUAAAUACUGAAAGAGACAAUACUCUGAUUUCAGGGAGAAUUCUAAUUUUAUAAGUCAGUCACAUGGUGAUUUUUUUUUUUUUUGGUUUUACUUCUUUAUUAUACAUUUGUUACUUUAUUGACUAGUUUAGAUGAGACCAGAUCAAUAUCUGCAUAUUUUCAUUGGUAGAAAGACUUAUAUAGAAAAGUCUGUGCCCUUUUUACAGUAAUGACUUAGUUAAUAAAUCAGCACAAAUACUAGCCUACAAGAGCAAUCCAAAACAAUCAAACUAUGACUGUUUAUUGUGAAGCAUUUACCUCCCCAAAAUUGUCAUGCUUCCUUUUUUUGAUGGAAUAGUACAUUAAAGAGUAGGAUUCUAAUUCUUUAUUGUAAAUAAGCAUUCAUGCUAGAUGAGUUUUUAGUUUUGUUUUUAUGUCUUAGACCAUCUUGGGAGGAUUUUUACUUAUCACAUACUAUAGUUUUAUGUAGAAAAGUUAAAACUGUAAAUGGUUUUUGUGAAGUGUCAGUUAUAAUAUUUGAAAGUACAAUGUUUCUGUUUAUAGAAAUUUUAUAAAUAAAGUUGAAUUUCCUAGACAA